AUGUAUGGGAGUCUCCGCAAAGGGAAACCCGUCAAUUUCUUCUCGAAGGACUGUGCCGGCGUCGUGGCAGCCACAUUUGCGUCGGCGUUUUCGUCUGAAUGCCUUAACAGUGUGAUCGAUCCGAUGUUAAGCAAACAUUUUUACUUUAGCGUGCGCGAGUUGGAAGCUUCGCGUCGUCUGAUUACGAUGCCUUCAGCUUCCUGCUUCUUUUUUGGGCUAUUGUCGGACUGCUACCCGAUCAUGGGGUUUCGCCGUAAGGCUUACUUGAUCAUCAGUCUGAUGUCAACAGUGUUGAGCUACUUCAUUCUCUCAGCAUUGAACAUGUAUGGCGAAAGCCUCGAGCAAGGUACUGCAAGCACCGGACUGGCAGGCGGUAUGAUUCUGUUCUCGUCACUAGCUGGUAUUGGAAAUAUGGUCACGUUCAUGUGCGUUCACACUCGCGUGGUCGAGCUGGCUCAACGUGAACCGCUAGUUAUACGCGGCGCUAUCAUAGCGACCUAUUCGAUCUUCCGAUUUUCCGUCUUCGCUUCGACGAGCGCUUGUGUAUAUGUUGUUCGGAGCAACGUGACGUAUCAUAGCACGGAGUUGAUUGGCUUUGGCCUCGUCAUGGCUUCCACUAUCCCGCUUGUGUGGAAAGCUUGGCAUGAAAAGUAUUACUCCCUUUCAACUUCGAUGAAGACCCGCGGCCAGAUUCUAUGGAGAGUCAUGCAGCAGAAAGCAGUGUGGAGCAUUCUCGUGUUCUUGUGCAUCUCUACCUUUUUCAGUAGCAUCAAGUUUAACGAACACGUGCUACUCAUUAAAUUUUGGGCGACUGCUGGUAGUGAAGAAAUACUUCUUCUACGGCAAGCCCUGAGUUACGCCACGAUGAUAUUGAUGGUCGUAGUGUGGCGCUACCUCUUUAUGAAUCGAUCGUGGCGUGUUUUCUUUGCAAUGUCCACUGUGCUGCUUGUCGUUCCUCAAAGCAUCCAGGCUACGUGCAUUACGCUGGACAUCUUUCGGAAUCGGUACUUCUACCACAUGAUGAACCUAUUCCCAAGUAUGUCAGUCGGCAUCUCUUGGCUAUCAAGCAUCGUACCGCUCACGGAGAUCGCGCAGGAAGGCUCUGAAGGUGCCAUGGUUGGACUGAUGACGUCUCUGUACUUUUCGGUCAUCAUCUUCGUUCAGACAAACUCGACUGGGCUGUUCAAAAGCUCAAACUUCUACGACAUUGAAGACAUUGCAUCGGACUCGCCGAAAGCGCGUUUGGAUGUGCUGAAGACGAUUCUCUUGAACUAUGGAAUCAAUGCCUUGGCACUCAUUGGCAUCUUCUUCCUACCGCGACAGAAGCUCGAAACCCAGCAGAUUCGAAGUUACGGCGGAUAUACCAAGUGCGCGAGUGCUGCUAUCCUCGCGUUCGUUGUGGUGCUCUUUUCGUACUCACUGAUUGUCACGAUACUCACGUUGUUGCCGUCGACGUCUUGCUUGAGCAUUGCUGGUGGAGAGGGCUGUUGA